CGAGAUGGUGGCGAUUUCUCACGUCCUCCAACGACCAUGCUUAUUCGUUCUUCGCCACUCCCCGAAACAGCACAAUCGCCGACAAAUUUGGACGAGAACAGUCGUGUUGGGCAAAUUCAGCCAACUUCAGCUAAAGCGCGGUUAGCAUUUGAAGUUUUGGAGCGAUUCUCUCAUCCGCUAGCAGCUUCACUGAGGCCGAAAGGAACGUAUGUUGGUCCCGUGCAUCCGGAAACAUAUGAACGCCUGAAAAGCCCUGACACAUCAUUAUCAACCAAGGCGCAGCAGGCGAGUAACUGA